CGCUAAUCAGUUGUUCGCUCGCUCCGCCUUUUCCGGCUAAUGUGCCAAGCGGUGCUUGGGGAAGAAAGAGAAAGAGAGCCUGCAGAGUUUAUCGUGUUGCUUACGCGCAGGGCGGCGGCGCGGCGCGGCGCGGCGCGAAAGCGCCACCUGAGGGGUGGUUCUCCAUGGCGACGGCGCGUGUUUGGGAAGGCCCCUUUGCUUUCCCUCGUCCUCCUCCUCCCGGCACCAACACCGCGCCGGCCGCGACCCCUCUCUGGGCGACCAGGGUAUGAGAAAGAGGCGUCACCGUUGCAGGUUUCAAUUUGGAAUCGUCUUGCCUCCAAUACCGGCAACAGCUGUGCUCCUUGAUCAAUGAGACAGUUUGGAAUGCUUCAGCAACUGACGAAAUGAUCGAGAGUAGUGGAAGAUAUGAUUUUUACAUUGGUCUGGUAUUGGCAAUGAGCUCCAGCCUUUUCAUUGGUGGGAGUUUUAUCCUGAAGAAGAAAGGCCUCCUUCGGCUGGCUAGGAAGGGCUCCAUGAGAGCAGGACAAGGUGGCCAUGCAUACCUUAAAGAGUGGUUAUGGUGGGCCGGACUUUUGUCAAUGGGAGCCGGUGAAGUUGCUAACUUUGCUGCCUAUGCAUUUGCACCAGCUACAUUGGUGACUCCAUUAGGAGCUCUCAGUGUUCUUGUAAGUGCCAUUCUCUCAUCAUACUUUUUAAAUGAAAAGCUUAAUCUACAUGGAAAAGUUGGGUGUUUGCUAAGUAUACUGGGUACAACUGUGAUGGUAAUUCAUGCACCCCAAGAAGAAGAGGUAGAAACCUUGAAUGAAAUAUCCCGCAAGUUAGGUGAUCCAGGUUUUGUGGUCUUUGCAACCUUCAUUGUCAUUGUAUCCUUAAUAAUGAUAUUUGUGGUGGGACCACGGCAUGGGCAAACCAACAUUCUUGUGUAUAUUACAAUCUGCUCCGUCAUUGGAGCUUUGUCUGUUUCCUGUGUAAAAGGCUUGGGCAUUGCUAUAAAGGAACUUUUUGCUGGAGAACCUAUGCUGAAACACCCUUUAUUCUGGAUUCUGCUGCUAAGCCUUGUUGUCUGUGUCACCACACAGAUCAACUAUUUAAAUCGGGCCCUGGAUAUAUUCAACACAUCUCUUGUAACACCAAUAUAUUAUGUAUUCUUCACGACAUCUGUUUUAACCUGUUCUGCUAUCCUCUUCAAGGAGUGGCAACACAUGGCGGCUGAUGACAUUAUUGGCACUGUUAGUGGCUUUCUCACUAUAAUAGUGGGAAUAUUUUUAUUGCAUGCCUUUAAGGAUGUCAACUUCACCCUAGCCAACUUGCCUGUGUCUUUACAUAAAAAUGACAGAGGAAUAAAUGGCUCUUUGCCAAACACAUAUGAACGCUUUAAUGAUGAAGAAAGUGGAAGCAGAGUAGGUGAUCUACAAUCCACAGAGGGAGUGUCUUCUAGGAGAAAUGGAAACCUGGCAGCACCUUAAGAAAAGAGCAAUUCUGUAACUGUGUUUUGUUGUGGAUUGUCAUUUUUAAGUGCUUGUCACAAACAAUGUAUUUUACACAGUAUGUAGAGACAAUCUUUUUUAGGUUUGACUAGCUUGGAUCAAGAACAGUGGUGAAUAUUUAUUUGUCUUACUUUUCAUUUUAAAAAACUACUAAAGGACCUCAAAACACGUUUUGCUAAGUUGUGAGAACAUGUAAAUAUCAAAUUUCGGUUUAAGAUUUAUUGCACUAAUGACAAUUUUAACAAAUAAAAUGCUUUAUUUCUGCAUGA